AUGAAUAAUAGCGAUAUGAUGGCAAAACAAAGUCAAAAUGAGAUCGAUACUCUUAUAGCAAAAGUUAAACCUAAAAAUCGUGAUCUAACACGUCGUGAUAUAGUGCAAGCCACUCAAGCAUCGCCCAGUAAUUUAUUAUUAAAAGUUAGUUCAUAUUAUUUUAAUGAUGGUUCAAAUAAAGAUUUAUUGUGUUUAGAAGGAACAGUCUCCGUGACUUACAAAGGUAAUCGUUAUAAUAUACCUAUAGAAAUCUGGUUGACCGAUGAUCAUCCAAAUAAACCACCAAUGUGUUAUGUGAAACCAACACCCGAUAUGCGCAUAGCACCAUCGUCCAUUGUUGAGUCUGACGGCCAUAUUGUUAUUCAAUAUUUGAAAUCCUGGAGACACCCAUCAUCGGAUUUAGCCCAUUUAAUAAUUCAAAUGGCUGAAGCGUUUGGUCAACAGCCUCCUGUUUUCUCAAAUGUUGGCGGAACCAGUGCAUCAAGAUCAUCAUAUUUAGUGCAAGGUGGGACACCAGGUUUAUACGGUCAACCGCCUCCGAGUAUUGUGAACACUUCUUAUUCAACCCAUCCGUCUUAUAGCAUGCCGUCUUAUCCAUCAUUAUCACAACCAUCUUAUCCUUAUCCACAACCCUAUGGUAUUGGCGGUCAAGCAGGACAAAUACCAGAAAAUAUUUAUAAAGAAUCAUACAUAACAGCUGUCAUGGAUAAAGUUAAAUAUAAACUAAUGGAAGUUGUGCACCAAUCGAAAGCUGAAAUUGCUUCGUUGCAAAAAACUGAAGAAGAUCUGGUGAAAGGACAACAACGUUUAGAUAUGUUCAUAUCAGAUGCUCAACAACAAGGAAAUAUCUUGAAUCAAUAUGUAACACAAUUAAAGUCGAAAACAAUAGAACUGAAAGAUGCUGUACAAAAAAUGUCAUCGUCACGGCAACAAUCAGCACAACAUAAUUUAAAAGAUGAUGCAAUUAUUAUACCAGCGCCAAUCUAUAAACAAUUAUUACAAGCCUAUGCUGAAGAUCAUGCAAUACAGGAUUUAUUAUAUUAUCUUGGUGAUGGUCAUCGUCGUAACUCAAUAUCUUUAGAUACAUAUUUAAAGCUUUUAUUUUUAUUUCAAUUUAAGCAUGUACGUGAAUUAUCUCGUCGUCAAUUUAUUUUACGUGCAACAAUGCAAAGAUGUCGACGAAUUGCCGGUUUACAAGUUAAAUAG